UUGAAAUCAAACCUCUUUUUGUUGUUUUUUGUAAGCAGCUGUUGCAAGGAUGAUUCAGUGUCGCAGUCGUGGGGCUUCUUUUUCUAAGGAGAAUGAGCUCACGACGCCGUUGCCGCGAGGCUCCACGCUACCGCUGUAUGGAGUGUGGCCGAAGAGUCGUUCAACAAUAGUAUUCAAUCGCGUGCGAUGCUCAUGAGCUCAUUGCAAAUGUCCAAACCACUUCCGACUAGCCAUGUGGCCAAUACGCCCAAAGGCGGACAAGCAUACGUAUAAGUCAUCAGUGCGAAUACGAAACUGCCCAUCAGAAAAAAGAGAAAAGGGAGAGAUGAGAAAAGGGACAAGCAGGUCUCCCUGGGAGUCCAGGCCCUUUCCUCUAGGCUAAGUACUCGUCAUUUCCGCCGGGCUCCGGCCACGCUUCUGCGGGCCCUGACUAAACCCCCACCGGCCUGCGAGCCGCAGCCCCUGACCCAGUCCGGAAGAAAACAAGCCCUUGAUGGCUGCGCCCGGCCGCCGUCGCGGGCGGGCGCGAGCAAAGCGGCGGCGCUGCAGCGCAGAGAGGAGACAAAAGGAGAGGGGAGGGAGGAAGAGGACGAAUACGAAGGGGGAGAAACGACCGCUGCGCACCGCGUGCGGCGUCAGCGCACGGGGCGAGGACGCGGCCGCGGGGCGCGAGCCACCGGACCCCGCCGUUGGGCGCGCGCGCCCGCGCCAUGCAAGGAGGGAGGCCAGGAGGAAGAGGAGGAGGAGGGAGGGGGGCGGCCGCGGAGUGGAUCAGCGGGCGGGGGGGGCAAGCUCAGACCGUUGAGGCCUGCGUCAGCAGGCUGCGGGCCAGGCUCGGCCGACUUCCCCAAGGAGGGAUGCCAGACCGUCCCGGAAAAGGCACAGCGAGUCGGAAUGCAGGUCGAGGACGAGCAAGCCCGCGAAGCGCCCGCAGGCGCAUUGGCACUGCAGAGGAUCGCAUACUCUCUCAUACGUCCUCUCGCAGUGUCCCCUGAAUGCUGGUCUUUUCUGGCGGCGGGUCUGUCCAACUGCCGCUGCACAGCCUCCCCGCGGGCGAGCGGGGCAGGCCAAAACAAUGGUCGGCGCCAACGCGCGGCCGAAGAUGUGUGAGGCGCCCCUGACAGAACUGGAAAUCGGUGGCGCACGGGGCAAGGGGGCGGCCUGUCCGAAAAGGCGGGGGUCCUCUCAGCAUCCGUGCCCACUCGGAAGGCCAACCCCAGUUCGCACGCCGCCGACUACUGCAUGCACACCCGUCCGCGCGCACGCGCGUCUUGCGAGACCCUCGUCGUCUGCUGGCUGUUGUCGUAUCCGCUCUCCUCAGGAGAGGACUCCUCGCUGGAGGGUGCGUGCCUGCAGUGGGCAGGCAGGAGCUGCCACGUCUGUCUCGGCAGCAUCACCCCUGCCAGCCAACGCGCGGACAGGGCGACAACUCACGGGAAGAACAAUCCGAAUAUAUUACAGCAGGGGCCACAAAAAGUUUGCCAUCUCGGGUGCCUGUGCGACGGGCGAGAAGAUCGGCCGCUGAGCCAGGCCACGCCCACACGAUCCACUCGGACAUCGAGGGCAGGCAGUCCUCCGCCACCGCGCCCCGCAGAGGCGGCGGGCGUGGCCCCCUGGCCUGCAGCAGUGCCUCCAAGGCUUCGCCGACCCCCCCAGCCCCGACCAGGCCCCAGGUGCUAUCCAGCGGCCUGGGGCGCACUGAAAAAAAACUUCGGAAGCUCCAAGAAGAGAAACGUGGGCUCUCCUCCAACGCCAUACCGUCGGGAAUUGGGGAGCGCGAACUCUACCGGCCAUGAACUCUACAGCGGCUCCAGCCACGAACGAUCUGGUGGCCCUCCUCCCUGCGAAGAGAGCGAUGAAUGACGAGGAACCUCUGUGGAGCGAUGACUGCAGUAGGGAGCGAUACUGCACGACAUACCUA